GGGAGGGGGAGGGGGAGGGUGUGUGUGUGUGAGAGAGAGCGAGAGCUAGAGAGCAAGAGAGAGAGAGCGAGAGAGAGAGCUAGAGAGCUAGAGAGCAAGGGAGAGAGAGAGAGAGAGAGAGAGAGACGGCUUUCAGAGUUCCCUCAGCUGCUUCCCGGAGGCCGAGGAAGGCAUGGCGUCGGAGCCCAGCACCCAGUCCAGGGUGGUGUUCCAAACCCCUGACAAGGACGAGGAGCCCCCCCACCGUAAGCUGGGCAAGCUGACAGUCAAGUACAACCGCAAGGACCUGCAGCGGAGGCUGGACAUCGAGGAGUGGAUCGACGGGCAGCUGCACCUGCUGUACGACUGUGAGGAGGAGGAGAUUCCAGAGUUAGAGAUUGAUAUAGAUGAGCUCCUGGAGCUUCCAGACACAGAGCAAAGAUCAAAACUGCAGGAACUUCUUCAAGAAUGUGGCAAGCCAAAAGAGGAGUUUAUCAACGGGCUGCUGUAUCGGAUGAAGGGGCUGCGGAAGAUGUCCGGACCACUGAAGAAAUGAGUGAAACUCGAGGUUCAGGACAACGUGAAGGCUCCCCCACUACCACUCUUUGGAAUCUGCAGCCCCACAUGCUAACAGAACUGCUGUUGGGGUGUCCUGAGCCCCUUUCACUACACAGAUGGGUCAACAGGGCACUGUACGUGGCAGCCCUAGUUUGGACUGAAUUAUGAACACAAAGGACAGUUUUGGCAUCUUGAAUCCACACCAUGCAGGUGAUUUGUGAUUUUUCUUUUUUACUUAAAAGUAUGUUGUUUUGUCUGUUAACACCCACACAAAAUACCCUUUGACCCUAGUGAAAGAAUGUACAAUUUUGAUUUCCUAUUUAUAUAUUUUUUUGUUCCAAAUACAGUGUUGUACAAUGUAUUAAUAAAAAAGGAAGGUUUUCAUGUCAGUAAA